AUGACAUGCCCUCGCCAUGUAACUCCUAACUCGUAUUUGGAGCCCCUGGCUGCGUCUUGCAGAGCGGAGACCUAUACGUCCAACCCAGGGAUGUACAUGCAAUCCGGGAGUGACUUCAACUGUGGGGUGAUGAGGAACUGUGGGAUUGUGCCCUCUCUCUCCAAGAGAGACGAGGGCGGCAGCCCCAGCCUCUCUCUCAACACCUACCCGUCUUACCUUUCGCAGCUGGACUCGUGGUGCGAUCCCAAAACCGCGUACCGUAUAGAACAACCUGUUGGCAGACAGCUGUCGUCCUGCUCCUACCCAACUAGUGUCAAGGAAGAGAAUGUGUGUUGCAUGUAUAGCGCCGAGAAAAGGGCAAAAAGUGGUCCUGAGACAGCCCUCUACCCUAACCCCUUGCCCGAGUCCUGCCUCGGGGAGCACGAAGUCCCUGUCCCCAGCUAUUAUAGAGCCAGCCAGAGCUACCCCACCCUGGAGAAACCGCCCCACUGCUCUGGGGCGACCGAGUUCGAGGCUAGUUUCGAACCCCGGGCUAGCCUCCAUCCCCGGAGUGAACAUCUGGAAUCGCCUCAGCUUGGGGGGAAAGUGAGUUUCCCGGAGACUCCCAAGUCGGACAGCCAGACCCCAAGCCCCAACGAAAUCAAAACGGAGAAGAGCCUGGUGGGACCCAAAACCAGUCCUUCGGAAAGCGAGAAGGAGCUGAGUAAGACUACAGACACCAGUACCGAUAAUUCGGAUAACGAAGCAAAAGAGGAUAUAAAGGCAGAAAACACGACAGGAAAUUGGCUGACAGCAAAGAGCGGAAGGAAGAAGAGGUGCCCCUAUACUAAACACCAGACGUUGGAACUGGAGAAAGAGUUUCUGUUCAAUAUGUAUUUGACCCGAGAGCGCCGCCUGGAGAUUAGCAAGACGAUUAACCUUACAGACAGACAAGUCAAAAUCUGGUUUCAAAAUCGCAGAAUGAAACUCAAGAAAAUGAACCGAGAGAAUCGAAUUCGCGAACUGACCUCCAAUUUUAAUUUUACCUGA